AUGAGUCGCGUCCAUUCUCUGCACGUCUCCUCCUCCUCGCCGCCAACUCCCCACAGACCACCCCUCAUGCAAACCAAACCUGACCCACUGGAAACACAACGCAACAGCCGCCCACCAGAUCCAUCCCCGCGACCCCCCUCACCGCCAUCACGCGACACCGGUUUGUGGCCGGGACACCGUCGCCCCGGCAUUAGGCUCUCGCGCCGCUCCUGGAUCACCUCCGCCGCCUCAACAGAGUCCCAAGCCGCCAAAACGCGACAACCAGUCGCACCACGAUCCCCGACAUCGACUCCAGCGACACCCUACUCAGGACGAUGCCCCUCGUGUAACUCCCGAUUCACCCUCCGAACCCGUCGACCAAUCGUCGUGGCCACUCGCCACGUCCCCCGACAUCCUCAGACACGAGUAGCACAUCGCACCGCUGCCUCCCGUCACAGUCUCGCGUACCGGCUCCACCUGUCGCAGACGCCACGACGUCGCCUCAAACGUAGGAGGGCCAGCCAGCUCGUGCCGCCGCCAAUGCGUACCUGCGACCUCCGACGUCGUUCCCUGGCACUCCUUCGCACCUCAUGUCUGCACAGUGCAUUCGCCUCCCGAUUUAGAAGAAGCCCCCCGACCUCCACAUACCUCACGACCACAUCUGCCUUCACUCCCAUGUGCCGCGUCCAUUCUCUGCACGUCUCCUCCUCCUCGCCGCCAACUCCCCACAGACCACCCCUCAGGCAAACCAAACCUGACCCACUGGAGACACAACGCGACAGCCGCCCGCCAGAUCCAUCCGUCGUCCGCAGGGUACUCACCGACUGCUCACAAAGAAAACACACCAAACACAGUGACGAGUCAAAUCGUCCUCAACCCUGUCACCACCCACGCCUUCCCACGUACUUCCGACGCAUUCCGCAAGCCGCGACCCCCCUCACCGCCAUCACGCGACACCGGUCUGUGGCCGGGACACCGUCGCCCCGGCAUUAG